UCGUUCGCUCGCUCAGUAUAGCGCGGGGCUCGCAUCGGGAGGCCGUGCCGCCCGAGCCAUGAACAACGACAAAAUGAACACGCGCGAAUACCGCGAACGCCUCAUCGACGAAGUGAAGAAGAACCCGGUGCUUUAUGACACGCGCCACGAGAACCAUCGCGACAUCGACGUGCGGGACCGUUGCUGGCUCGAGAUCUCCGAGCGCCUUGGGGCUAACUGUGAGGUGUUAAAACGCGAAUGGAAGAUCCUGCGUGAUUCCCUCCGGCAGUCGCUGAAAAAGAGCAACCGAGGCGGCACCACCAAGGCGGGCACGCCAUGCAAGAAGUGGCGCUUUCAGUCUCGCAUGGCUUUCGUGCUGCCCUACAUGACUAUGAGAAGGAACCGACGUGUCAUCAAAGACGAUAUCAAGAUGGACGAGUCGGAAUUGCCGUCGGAUCAGGAACUGGAGACGGAGACAUGGGGAGCUGCGGAAGUACCGGAAGAGGGUGGUGAGCACGAGGCCUUGGAGCUGUUCUUCGCGUCAGUGUGCCAGAGCAGCAAGCGACUUCCGAGGCGGCUACAAGCUACACUUAAAAGGCAGGUCCUGGACGCUCUGCUGCGCGCCGAAGAGCAGUGCGACGAUAAAGAUCCCCCCCAAAAAUGGGACUCAGUCACGUCUUAGGGCAACCGAAUUCUACUCAAACCUGUAACUUACUCAGAUAGAACAUAAGUAAUUAAGAAUCGUAUAUAGAACAACUAAAUCAGUAGGUUUGUAUACUGCGUUUCAGCAAUCUAAAGUUCAUGAUGUGUUUGAAUAGAAGGGAUGAUGACGUGAUGAAGAUCCAUCGUCACUAAUAUAUUUAAUAAGACUGCUUUAACCCAUU